UGGAUAGUCGUUUCCGGCUGCGUCGCUGUUCGUUUGAAAAGUGUUCAGUUAGGAGCCAGUUGAGGGCAUGGCCGCCAUUGUUAAAAGGGGUGGUUGUAAAAGUUGCUAAAAGUUGAGCAAAGACAAUAACAAAUAAGACUCAUACACGAAGUUUUUUGUGUUAGUAAAGGCCUGCUCAGGCCGUUGUUUUUAAGAUCUCGGACAUGGCUCAGCGGGUGCCUGCAUCAGAUGGUGGAAGCAAGAAAACCUCUAGGAUUCGAGUGGCGGUUCGUCUGAGACCCUACAUGGUCAAAGAAGACGAAAAAGCCGAGGGGCCGUGUGUAAGAGGCAUAGACUCUCAAAACCUGGAAAUAAUCAACUGGAGAAAUGCAACAGAAACGGUCAAGUACCAUUUUGAUGUUUUCCAUGGUGAGCAAACAACGCAGAAAGAGGUUUUCCUGUCAUCGGUGAAGCCCAUUCUACCGCACAUACUGAAGGGAGAAAAUGCCAGUGUGUUUGCAUAUGGACCAACUGGAGCUGGCAAGACCCACACCAUGUUGGGAAGUGCAGAGCAGCCAGGUGUGAUCCCUCGAGCCGUUCGUGAGGUCUUUAACCUGGUCAAUGCAAAGGAUGAGGAUGAAGGCUGGGACUAUAAGAUUGGCAUGUCCUAUCUGGAAAUUUAUAAUGAGAAGGUCCUGGACCUUCUUUUGCCAAAUUCCCAAGAUUUGCCCAUCAGAGAGGACAAGGACAAGAAUAUUCUUAUCCCAGGCCUCACCCACACAACCAUUACCUCUUUCGCAGACUUUGAUAAGCAUUUUGUUCCUGCCACCCUCAAUCGUACCACAGCUUCUACCAAACUAAACCAGCGCUCCAGUCGCAGUCACGCUAUCCUGCUGAUCAAGGUCGUGCGGACUCAGAAGACCUUACCAUUCCGACAACAGACGGGCAAACUGUACCUGGUAGAUUUGGCUGGUUCUGAGGACAAUCGUCGCACUGGCAACCAAGGAAUCCGUCUGAAAGAAAGUGGUGCCAUCAACCUGUCCCUUUUCACCCUCAGCAAAGUGGUGGACUCGCUUAACUCUGGCACAUCCAUCCGUGUGCCAUACAGAGACAGUAAACUCACACGGCUGCUGCAGGAUUCUUUGGGGGGCUCGGCACACUCCGUCAUGAUCACCAACAUUGCACCAGAGUACAAGUUUUAUUUCGACACCUUUAGUGCACUGAACUUUGCAGCCAAAUCCAAGCUCAUUGUGAACAAGCCGUUCACACGUGAAACUGUAGCCAUGCCUAUGUUGCCAGUGAAGCGAGCCAGAGAAGAGCGUGGGUCGGGGGGGCCUGGUGCUGAGCCAACCAAGAAGAAGCAGAAAGACGAGAAAAGGCCCGAACAGGAUGGUUCCUCCCCUUCAGCUCACCACCACAGUUUGUCAGAGCCAUCUGUGAUGGAAAGGCUAAUAGCUCUGGAGAAACUAAUGAUGAGUUGCCAGGACAAAGACAGACAGAGUGUGCUUAAAGAUGUGGCGCAAUCCCGCAGAGAGAUCCAGGAGCUCAAAGAGAAGCAGAGAGAGUUUGAAAACAAGGCCAUGCUUCUUAGUCAGUUGGCAGAAGGAAAGUCUAGUGAAACAGAGGAGCCUGUCUUCAGGAACAACUCGGCCCCCCUGCAGAGAAAACAGUCAAAUGCUGCGAAACCCAAGAAGCAGCAGGCUGUUGUCCAACCCCUGCAAGUGUCCCAGGUCCAGCCUCUUCAGCAGCUUGCAGUCAUCAAAAAACAGUCAGUCUGUGUCAAGAAGAGAGAGAAGAAGCUUUCAGACCUGGUCGAGCCCCCAGAUGGUAAAGAGAACUCGGAGAUUUCCUGGGAGUCCCAGCUGGAUACAUCUGUGCUGGAAGUGUCCAGACAGAAAAUCCUGCACAUUCUAAAUAGUGGCUGCCUCAAAGAGCUGAAAGGGCUUCAGCAGAUUGGUGACAAGAAGGCAAAGCUUAUUCUGGGCUGGAGGGAGAUUCAUGGUCACUUCACAAAGUUGGAAGAUCUGACGAGAGUGGAGGGAAUGACAGAAAAGAGAUUUUCCACUUUUAUGAAGCGCGUAGUCUGUUGGAUUUCACUUUUCCCUCUUCACACCCCUCCUCCCUGCCUGAUCCUCCCUGUUCUCCCGGAGUCUCCAUCCCUCCCAGCUCACUGCGCCCAGCCCGGACAACCCGCGACACCCACAGCCACAGUCAGUCACAGCCACAGCCGGAUCCGUUCUAAUGUAGAUGAAGUGUUCGCGGCAAGACACACAGGACUGGACAACAAGCAGAAGCUUCAUUUUGGUGUGACUAUGGCUGCGAACAUGAUGGAAGCUCCCACAGUGUGGCAAGAGGAGGAACAACCCUCGCUGCUGAACCAGGAGGGCUCUCUCUCCGGUCAAGCCUCCGUCCCCGUGCCAUGCCCACCGGUUACUGGUGAAGAACUCCUCGACAGCGGCGGCAGCCCGACCGGCGCGAGGUCCCCCUGCAGCAAAUCCAGAGGAGAGCUGGUUAUAGUCAUCAACGAGAAACUGAAGAACAGUAAUGGGAUCCACUCCGUGCCUGCAGAGAGCCUCUCUCCAGUCAUCUCCUCCCCACCCAGAAGACAACACUCAAUCUCCUACCCUCAUCACGGGAAGACCAGGAAGGGCAGCAGGGCGAGCUCCAUCGGUUAUACCGCCUUCUCGCCGAGGCCCUCAAUUUCUCGACACUCCAGCAUCGCCACAAACCCCCCGCUGGACCGCUCUAAGGUCAAAGACUACCUCCUGCUGUCUGUGCUGGCCUGUUUCUGCCCCGUCUGGCCCAUCAACAUAGUCGGAUUUGUCUAUUCCAUCAUGUCCAAGAACAGUCUGGAGCAGGGGAACCUGGAUGGUGCCGUGCGUCUGGGACGCGUGGCCAAGAUGCUCUCUGUGGUUUCACUAGUAGGAGGGACCAUCAUUAUCAUCGCCUGCAUUGUCAACCUGGCCAUAAAUGUGAAAACCUGAGUUUCAUCCCAGGAUGAAACUGGAUAAGGCAACAGACCGUCUGGCCCGCACCUGCACCACCAUCUUUACCACCUAUAGUCUUUACCUGGACGUGUGACAAACAUGCACCCAUGUGCAGCGCUUACUUGUAUUUCUCUAAUCUAUAUAUGAUCCCCUUUCGCUAAUGGAAGAAAAUAAAGUAUGCAAAUGCUGCAGCGCUCAGCCUGGGGUGGGGAGGGAGUGGUCCGUCUGUUGUCAUAUGGAGAUGGGAACAGGGAGACCGAUCAGACCAUUCCUUUUUCUUGCCCAUAUGUUCAGAGCGAUUAUACUGAAUGUCACUGACCCUUUGAGAACACGAUUAGCACCUGCAGAACCGGUGCACUACAAAACAGAGAAGCCUCCCAGCGUCAGCCACACGUACAAGCCCCUUCAAAAUGUCUGCCAAGUCCACCCCUCACUGCACCGGCAACAGGACGCAUCAGCUUGGCAUUAAAUCCCCUCAGAUACACACGGACAGGCUGUGGGAUUUAUGUUUCAAUGGGAGUCAAACGGCCGAAAUUCAUCCUUUUCCCUCACAGAGGAGAGACGCUUUGAACUGCUCGAUGUCCUCUUGUUUCAGACUGUCCUCUGUGACUUUCACGACUCCACGGUGCCCUACAUCUUGUGUUUAAGAGCAAGUGUACGGGUGGCGAAAGAGGAUGAAAGGAAGGCUUACCAAGGACUAGCUAUGGCUGCUGCAGUGGAAGGGAUUAUGGAAAAUCUCACAGAAGUCACUGUCAUCUCUGCAAGAAGAGAUAUGUGCCAAAUAAAUGAAUUUAGAGGGAAAGUUUCUUGCAUCGUUGAAACCCAACUCUGAUCACAGAAGAAACAAAAAUGAGGCUCCACUCCUCUGCAACUUUCCUGUAUAUAUACAGACACCACUGACCACUGUGAGCUGGGAAAGGGUUGAUUCAAAUAAACCAACUGUAGCAAAUCAUCUACAACAUCAUCUAUAUCCUACCUUUUGAUAAUGUUUGUAAAAGAUCCUUUUGAAACGUACGUUUUUUUCCUCCUGACAUGGUGCCCAUGAAGCAGCACAGGUGAAGGGAGAGCUGUGUGUACGGGCAUCUUUAUUUGGUUAACAAAUUCAAUAGCUUGUUAUUGUCGCCAGAGACGCGGCCUCAGCCUCAGAUUCCAUCCACAGGUGCUUUCAAACCACACACAAUGUGGAAUUCUACUCCCUUAUAAGAUCUUAAAAGGUUGAUGUUAUCCCAGGAGUGUCACUAACAUUUAUUUAUAUCCCUUUUCUUAUGUACACGUGAAAUGAUCUUUUGAUGGCUAAUUGACAAUAUGAUGGUUCAGGCAUGGCUCUGUGGAUAAGAACUGUUAAGUAGCACUAAAUAGUGUUAGUUUGAAGAAGUAAUUUUAAUGUAUGGUUUGUUACUCUUCUGAUACUCAUUUUUGUCUUGAACUAACCUCUAAUCUUUAUCUACCUGUGAUUCUCACUGUGAUCUUUAACUACUGGGUCAUUAAGACCAGAUGGAAGUCUUUAUUUACUGUUUCCUGGAAGUUCAAUCAUGUAUAGACACGGAUCUAGAGUGUCAUUCUCAGAGUUUCUCUAAGAAUAGAUAUCGAAAACUGGCUUUUCUUAUGAUGUAAAUUUAAUUGUAACCAAUUACUGUAUGUGUUCUGCAGACAUUAAUCUCAAUUUUGUGAUAAUUCCCUAGUUGAUAUGAUUUAGCAUUAUGUAGUCAUGAUCUAGCGUGGGCAGAGCUGCUGUCAGUCCGUCUCCUGACAGUCAUUAUAUUCUCACCGGGCUUCUAUGAUCUUUGUAGUUACAGGCAUGUUGUGAGUUUUUAUUAUUGUGUAAUAGCAGUAGUAUAAUACAAUUUAUAUAGUCAAAUGAAACAGAUUAUUAUUCUCUGCAACACAUUCAUAAUAAAGACACAAUGCAUGUGACG